AAGCAACUAAGUCUAGCUACUGAUCAGCCAAAGAAAAGGAGUAGAGAUAGUGAGAUCAAGGACAGUGAAUUAUGGCACACUUUGUUCUAAUUCAUGGUAUGUGCAAUGGAGCUUGGUGCUGGUACAAGGUUGUCUCGCUGCUCAAAUCGGCCGGUCACCGUGCCACGCCGUUGGACCUCGGCGCCAGUGGAAUCAACCCGAAGCAGAUCACCGAGCUGGAUUCUGUGUGGGAUUAUGCGCAGCCAUUGAUGGAAUUCAUGGCCUCUUUGCCUCAACACGAGAAGGUGAUAUUAGUGGGACAUAGUUAUGGUGGGGUUAUCAUUUCCUUAGCCAUGGAAAGUUUCCCUACCAAAGUGUCGGCUGCUGUUUAUCUCACAGCCUUGAUGCCCAAUCUUCAUUCCCCUAUUGCAACUGCAGUAGCCGAGUUCUUCAAAAGGGCUACGGGGGAGCCGAAAAUGGAUUCAGAGCUAUGGUUUGAUGAUGGACCCGAAAAUCCACCAACUCGUGCCUUGCCUGGACCAAAAUAUAUCGCAGCAAACGUUUAUCAACUCUCACCAAAAGAGGACAUAGAAUUGGCCGCAACGUUGCUGAGACAAGGAAAGUUCUUCAUGAAAGAUUUGUGUAUGGAAUCUCUGCUAACGAAAGAGAAAUUCGGUUCGAUCGAUGCGGUUUAUAUAGUAUGCAAAGAUGAUUUGCCGAUGAAAGAAAGCUUGCAGAAAUGGUACAUCGAAAACAGCACAGCAGUGGAUGUGAAGUUCAUAGAUGGAGCUGAUCAUAUGCCCAUGUUUUCCAAGCCCCAGGAGGUCUGCAAAUGUCUCCAACAAGUUGCUGAGAAAUAUGUUUGAUUCAUCAAUCAAAUAUUGAGUUUUACUUUUGAGUUCAA